AUGCAUAGCCUGACCGCGUGGCAGAUGAUGAAAAAUGACUUCGACGUGGGCAUUACUAGUUUUUGGGAGAACUGGAAAGGCUUUGGCACGCGAUUCGUGAUCAAAGACUACUUCGCGAGGAUGUACGGUCCUCGCUAUAGCCAAUACGCUGGUGGGUUCCUUGCUUUCUGCGUGACCCAGUGGAGCGUGAAGAACUUUAUUCCGAUUAUGCAGCGUGCACGGCUCACGAGGUUUUCAAUUUCUCUUUGGAGCGGAUGGUUCUUCGCACACCGUCUCUCAGACUACAUCGUUUAUCGGCAAAUGAUUGAUGAAAUGAAGUCUGGCAAGUUUCUGGAAGUCGCGAACUCGGUGGCUUUUCGUUGGGCCAUUUGCUCGGCGAAUCCCUUUUAUUUGGAAGACAAGCAAUGCUACAAAGAAAGCAAGGAGAUCUUGAAGAACCUGGCCGCAUCACAGGCUGAUCAACGAACGGCUUACCAGUUUAUCAUGUUCUAUCCUCUUCUCUUUUCAAUCACUAUAAAGCACUUUCUGCAAGAAGCUUAUCAAAACACUCAUUUAACAGUAGACAUAUCGAGAGCUCUUGGUAGUAUCGAAGAUAUGUGCCAUUUGAAAAUAAAUUGA